AUGGUCAAGUGUAUCGAACUCAUCGCUGCUGUAAGUGCCGCCAUCUUUGUCGGCGUCAUCUCCGCUGCCAAUGAAGGUGACCAGACCGCCUCAGUGAGCAGCGGCAAGGUGCGACCUGCAGAGAACGACGACGUUGCGAGCGACAACGCCAAAGAGCUCACAGUCGACAACGCCUGUGUGCUGGCCGACUUCAAGACCUCGACAACCGACUUUAUUGGCCUGAACAACCUGCUUAGCAUCGUCAAGGCAUCGCCUCUGCUACUGUCGCCGUAUGUCAGUGACCCACUCAUUAUCGAAAACGUGGCGCUCGCUCCACUCAACUACUCCUACCUUGGGUACAACCUCCAAGUGACGCCGAUGUUCAACUGGAUGAACGUCUCGGGCAUCACGACGAUCGCGCCCUAUCCUGUCAACGUCACGAGCUCCAACACACUGAAUCUAGGGGCGGAAUUCACGGGCACUGUCGCCCUUCAGGGCACUAUGACGUUCGCAGUGGCGCUGCCCGAGCGCGAGUGGUAUCAACUCUGCGUCGUCGACCUGCUGCACCCGAGCGAGUGCAAGCCGCAGCUCGUCACGGUUCACAUGUCGAUCUCGGUCGAAAAGCCGCGGAUCUUGACCAACGUCGAGGCGAACCUGUACGAGUGCGCGCCGAGCAUCCCCGAGUCCGCGUGUCAAAACCUGACGACGAGCACGAUCACGGUCGAUGCUCUAAGCGGCAACAUCUCGGCCGUGUACUCGUCGAUCUACAAGAACUUCAAAAACGCCAAGAUCAACAAGCUCAAGUUGGACUGGGAAGCGAUCGCGCAGAACGACAUUUCGUACGUCGUGCACGGCAUGAGCAAGUUCGUGUCCAAGUUCCUGACGGAUAUGCUCGGGACGGAGACCGAGAGUCUGAACGAGAAGGGCGAGUACUAUUACAACUAUAUCAAAGUCGUGCAGACGAUUCUGCUGUCGCUGAUCGACAAGACAGUGGACUCGUCGCUCGAGCCGCAGUUUCGUGCCACGUGCUUGUGA